CGGUCACUCAGGGCACCUACUGUAAACAAUAUGGCCGCCGAUAGAAAGUGAAUUUUUUCUGAUAAGAAUCAAACUUUUAUAGAAGUGGUAUGUAAACGUUUAGUAUGGAGCCAUUAUAUGUAAACGCGUGAGAAAGUUAUUGUUCGGUAAAAAUGUCAGGUGGAGAUAAGGGUCAAGUCAGUGCAGACUCGCCACGGCCUCUAAGGAAACGACGAACUCGCAUGGCGAACGACAAACGAAUUGCGGAUGACGAAUUCAUGGCAGCUGCCAUUGGAGACGUGGAAUGGCUAAGACAGAGUCUUAAGGAACAAAAAGGAAAAAUUAAUUUUGAUAAAAAUGGCUUGUCGGCAAUUCAUCUCGCUGCCAUUCACGGACGGCUGGACUGUCUAAAACUGCUCAUAGAGAAAUACAAAGUUAACAUCAACUUGUCAAGUACCACUGGCUGGCGAGCCAUCCACUUAUGUAUCAGUAAUCAGACAGGGAAGAGGGCCCUGCAGUGUCUGCAGUACCUCAUAAACAAGCAUGCUGACCCCUCCAUUCCAAACAAUGAUGGAAUAACACCCGUACACCAAGCAGCAUCCGAAGGUCAUGUUCAGUGCCUUAAACUUCUGAUAGAAAUUGGAGCCAAAAUUGAUGGACAAGAUAUUCGAGGCCACACCCCACUAGAUCUUGCCAAACUCUGGGGACACAAGAAAUGUGCAAGAAUACUAGCUGCUGAACUGUGGCACCAAGACAAAGACAAUGUUGCCAAGGAACUGGGACAGCUGAAGAAACUAAAAAUGAAGCAAGUGCUAAAAGAGAUGGAAGAACAGGAUGAAUUUAAGGCAGCCCAGGAGUACUACGGGGAGAAGGCUUACCAGGAGUGGAUGCAGAAAAAGGGUCUUACAAAGUCACCAGACGAUGGGAACAAAGACGAGACUGCAAAGUCAGAAGCUAAUCAAAAGGGGAAACAAGGCGAGUCACUGAUGAAACCCAACAGUAAAGUCCAACAGCCCAAUGGAAAAAGGAGUGCCUCGGAUAAAAGUAACAUACAUGUGGCUUUCCGCGAUGACAGAACACCUUCUCCGUACAGUGGACGACGACAGACUGAUGUUUCAGAUGAUCACGGUGCAGAGGAUACCAAUAAAGAAAACCAGACCGACUCAGAGGGGAAACCGAAGUUUCAGAGCUUUCUUAACCCUGACCCAUGGAAGCUGGCACUUCACCCUCCAAAAUCAGAGUAUAUCACCGACCUAAAGGACGAGUAUCCAAGGGAUGAGUACACCAUGAUGCCGCGAACCAAAUCGGCUUAUAAGUAUUUUGAUGGUAAGUUUGCUGGUGGAGAAAACACAGCAGAGGGUGAUUUGAAAAACAAGAAACUGAAAAAAGAUUUGCGGCAGCCUAAUUUACCCAAAGAUGUCAUUAAACAGGGUCUAUCCAAAGAUCCAACACGCAAUCAGCGACCAGUUCUAUUCAAACCUGUCCACAUGUUUGAUGUCACUAUGAAGAAGAAAUAUGGUGAUGGGGUGAAGGGGAAAAGUGAAGUGUCGUUACACUUGUGUGAUGACUUCUCAUCAGUUGUGUAUCAGAACAGUCUUCAGAGAGCAAAUACUAUUGAUGUACUCACACCUCGGUCUGUGACAUCCGACUGGCUCAGUGCCAGGUUUCCAAAGGACAAAGUUAUACAUACCCUCAAAAAUAUGAAAAAUCCCACAAUGUUCCCAAAUAUACGAGGAGAGGAAUAUGACAUUAAUUAUGGAGAUAUUGCGACUUUCAAUUAGAGUCUGGUCAGACAUUAGUUUCAAAGUUAAUAGACCUGCUAGCCACGGUAACGUGUAUGCUGCGAAAAGUUGGAUGUAUGUCCAUUGCUUCAAUCUAUUUAACCAAGACAAAAUCUGUUGAUUUGUAAAUUAUAUUAAUGUGAAAAUAUUGCCUGAAUUAUCAGUUUGUUCCCUCUUGCCUGUGGAGCCUCACAAUACAAUGUAUUGUCUAACAUGCUUGUAUAGAAUUAUAGAGAAAUUGUUAACAUUCCAAUAUGUCCCUCCCUUCCCCUGCAGAAAAGGUUGUUCGAACUACAUAUAGGUAUGUCAACAGUUUACCCUUGUUUACUUUCAUGUAGCACGCGGGUAUGUGCUGAAUGUGGAUAAAAAAUCAGUAAGAAAAAACCAAAAUCGAAAAAGACAGACUUCUUUUUCUUCUGAGAAACAGCAAUAAAAACUUUAUCUAGUUUGAACUUUUUUUCAGAUUUCAUGAUAAAGGGAAACAAACUGCACAUUAAUUUGAGCCUUAUCACAAGUAUAUAACUGUAUAAAUAAUGAAAAUAUACAUUCUACCAAUGAUUACGUUUAUAAACCAAACCACUGUUGAAAACUUGUGGUUACGAUUAAUGCUAUGUGUUUUGUGCCUUGGAUGUACGUGUAUUUACGUGUUCUAGAUGCUGACAUUGUGUCCACUUCAAAGUCUUUAAAAGGUUUAUAUUUAUGUACUCUGUCAAUAAUUCUGUUUUUAAAGUUAAGUAUCUCGAAUGUGUCAGUGACCUAGCAGGUUGAUUAUAAAUUACCCAUCUUUAAUUUAAGAGGUCAUAAGUGUGAUUCCGGAGGUCGCUCUCUUUCCUAUGUUUAUAAAAGGUAUACUCUUCAUGAGAAGAUGGUAGUUAUUAUUUUAUUUAUUACAAGCCAUGGAUAUGAUUAUUCAUUCCAAGCAAAUGCAUAUUUCGUAUUUUGAAAAGGUACUGGUACACAUGUUUGAAUGAAAUGUACAUUUUUAAAAGUAUAUAUUGCAGUACAAAUGUAUAUGUUUGUUUUGUCUUGAAUUUACUGUAUUUUUGUUUGUUGUUUGUUGAAGCAUUACAGAUUUAUUAGAGUGUUUUGAAGUUUUACUUGUACAUGGUAUAUAAUCGUUAAAUUCUCAAUGCAAUGUAAAAUAUAAAUGUUGCUUGAUCAAUUUUUAGCCAUGAUGUUCUUCUGUCUGCAAACUGUUACACAUCUCUGAGGUUUUAAGUUUCACUCUUUCAUAAGUGCAAUUAAAACAAAGCAAAGUUAAUUUGUUUCCAUAGCUUUAUUAAAACAGAGUAGUAAA